GCUCGUUGUUGCGGUCGGACCGGGACUUUUUUUUGUCUUUAUCCUCGGUGCGCUCUGCUCUCGUGCGCUCCUGGACGCGGAGGAAUUGGGGGAGCGUGACCAUGGGGGUCACCAUCACCACCUCCACCACCACCUCCACCACCACCAUCAUCCUCAACUGCAUCAUCAGCACCGGCGCACUCUACUUUCUCCUCGACAGCGCCGGAUCACGAGGAGAGCUGAAAUAAAACUCUUGGCUGUGGCUUUCUGUCGUCGGUUUCUAUUCUGGGAAACUUUUUUCUUUCUCUUUCUUCUUUUUUUACGCUGAAUUAUUAACCACAACGCGCGAGGUAUGGAGAGCCCAACUUUCCUGGCGAGUCUCGUCCUGCUCUUCCUCGGAGGGGAUUUUUUUACCUGGGCAUUGCUGAGUGACAUUGGGGACUAUGUAGGUAAAGACAUUCAAAUAUCCUGGUUACCCAACCUGGAUGAGUUAAUGAAGGACUAUGCCAGAAAUUUUCGCCCUGGGAUAGGAGGUCCACCGGUGAACGUGUCCAUGGCCAUUGAGGUGGCCAGCAUUGACCACAUCUCGGAAGCCAACAUGGACUACACCAUGACCGUGUUCCUGCGCCAGAGCUGGCGCGACGACCGCCUGUCCUACAAUCACACCAACAAGACGCUGGGCCUGGACAGCCGAUUCGUGGACAAGCUGUGGGUGCCCGACACCUUCAUCGUCAACGCCAAAUCCGCUUGGUUCCACGAUGUCACCGUGGAGAACAAGCUCAUUCGCCUCCAGCCCAACGGAGUCAUUCUAUACAGCAGCCGAAUCACUUCCACGGUGGCGUGUGACAUGGACCUGACCAAGUAUCCCAUGGAUGAACAGGAGUGUAUGCUGGACCUGGAGAGCUACGGCUACUCCUCGGAGGACAUCGUGUACCACUGGUCAGAGAGUCAGAAAGAAAUCCACGGCCUGGACAAACUGGAGCUCUCCCAGUUCACCAUCACGGACUAUCGAUUCGUCACCGAGAUGAUGAACUUCAAAUCUGAGGACCGGCCCGGACCGGACCCCACCCAUCGCCUGCCGCUGCCUCGCCGCUGCCUGCCCUGA